AUGUCGUCUACCACCACCACCACCACCGUCAAGCGCGACCCGUACCAAACCAUUGCACAACGCAAACAAGACGCACGGGCACGCCUGAUCCCGUCCUCAUGGCGGAUUCCCGAGGACAAGCUGGCAGCAUACACAUCAUCGCCGACAGCGAACGUCCUGCACGUGCCUCGCGAAAGUGGGAUCUUGAGCCAGCGCGAGCUCACCAUCACUGAAGACCACGAUGCCGUGUCGUUGCUGGAGAUUCUGCGCAAGGGCCCUGCGCAAGGCGGUUUCACGUCCGAGGAGGUCGUUACCGCGUUCUGUAAGAGGGCAGCGCUGUCGCAGCAGUUGACGAACUGCGUGACCGAGAUCCUCUUCGAGUCGGCAAUUGCGCGCGCGAAAGAACUCGAUGCGCAGCGCACCGCGAAUCCGAAUGAAUCACUGCCCCCAUUCUGGGGACUCCCGAUCUCACUGAAGGACUGCUUCAAGGUACCGGGAGUUGAUGCGUCAGCCGGGAUGGUGCACUUCGCAGAAAAGCCGUCGACGGAGUACUCGGCGCUUCCCAAGUUGCUGCUCCAGCUCGGUGCCGUCUUCCACUGCAAGACGAAUGUGCCGCAGACGAUGAUGACGGCCGACUCGGAUAAUAACGUCUUCGGUCGAACGCUGAACCCGAAUAAUAAGUCCUUGACAGCGGGUGGGAGUUCGGGUGGCGAGGGCGCCCUGGUUGCCAUGAGAGGCAGCGUGCUCGGAAUGGGGUCAGAUAUCGCCGGUAGUAUCCGGAUCCCAAGCCAUUGUUGCGGCACGUACGGCUUCAAGCCGUCUUCCAAUAUCGUGCCUUACGCCGGUCAAACGAAUCCAGCUGCAGAUGGUUUGCCGGGCAUCCUACCUGUAGCAGGGCCAUUGGCGACCAGUAUGAGGAGUUGCAACUAUUUCAUGGAAGCCGUGAUGAGGAAUCACCCGUGGAAGGUCGAUGUAGAUUGCUUACAUUUGCCGUGGCAAGGACUCCAACCUCCCAAGGGGAAAACAUUGAGAAUCGGAGUGAUCGAGGACGAUGGCAUCACGACUGCCACACCUCCUGUACGCAGAAGUCUCAGACAGGCAAAGGAGAAGCUCGCGCAGGCUGGUGUGGAACUAGUCGACAUCAAAUUGCCAGAUACAAAUCAAGAUAUCGUCACAAUCUGGGCGUCAUUCGCAAUGGAGGGUUGCAAGACGACCCUAGAAUUUCUCUCCGCGGCGGACGAACCUUUUGUUCCGUCCGUCAAGAACGUCGGAUUGGUCGGAAUGAAAUCCAUGAGCACCGAAGAGCUGUUCGCGUGGAACGUGGCUCGCAACAAGGUCGAGACAAAGUACCGAGAUCUCUGGCUCGAGAACAAACUCGACGCGAUUCUGAACUCACUGGCUUCAUACACCGCACCGCCGCUGGAUAGCUGGACGUCGGUAUCUCAGGCCAUUUGGAACCUGGUUGAUUAUCCAAGUUGUAUUAUUCCGACUGGUAGGGUAGAGGCAGAGGACGUGGUCGACCAGGCUGCGAAGUACGGGGAAGAUGACGAGAAGAUGUACAAAUUGUACUCUGGACCAGAUGCUUACAAAGGCGCGCCGACUGCUCUUCAGCUAAUAGGCAUGAAACAAGAGGAUGAGACUCUGACCCUGCUGGCAGAGAUUGUGGAUGGGAUUCUAAAUGGGCAUUGA